UGGUCUUUUUUUUCCACCAUAUAUCUUUUCGCAUAUGGGAAUUUCGUCCUCAUUUCGAUAACAAAGUUUCAGCAGUUAUAUGUAUAGAGCUAGUUUUGUUACAUACAAAAAGCUAGCUUUUCAUAGAGUUUGUACUUAAUCUUGAAUCAUGGGAAGUGGUUCUUCAAAGGGUUCGAGUGAAACUAGGCAAUACUCUUCUUCAUGGGAUCAUCAAUACGGGUAUAAUUCUCAAACGACAUAUCCUCCACAGAACCCUCAUCACACGCAACAACAUCACUACGCACCUUCACCGUCGUUCGAGUACCGACCGCCGCAGACACCACAGCCACAGAGGAGGUUGGAGAGGAAGUACUCGAGAAUAUCUGAUGAUUACCGCUCAUUAGAUGAGGUUACUUCUGCUCUUUCACAUGCUGGUCUUGAGUCUUCAAAUCUAAUUGUUGGUAUUGAUUUCACAAAGAGCAAUGAGUGGACAGGUUCGAGAUCAUUCAACCGGAGAAGCUUACACCACAUAGGAAAUGGCCAAAAUCCAUAUGAACAAGCAAUAUCGAUCAUUGGGAAGACUUUGUCCACCUUUGAUGACGACAACUUAAUUCCUUGUUUUGGAUUUGGAGAUGCAUCGACACACGAUAAAGAUGUGUUCAGCUUCUAUCCAAAUGAGAGAUUCUGUAAUGGAUUUGAGGAAGUGCUGACAAGAUACAGAGAAUUGGCUCCCGACCUUCGCCUUGCAGGACCUACAUCUUUCGCGCCUGUGAUUGAGAUGUCGAUGACUAUUGUUGAGCAGAGCGGUGGUCAAUACCAUGUUUUGUUGAUUAUUGCUGAUGGACAGGUAACGAGAAGUGUGGAUACGAGAAAUGGCUAUCUCAGCCCACAAGAGCAGAAUACAAUUGAUGCAAUUGUCAAGGCAAGUGAGUACCCCUUGUCAAUAAUCGUAGUUGGUGUUGGAGAUGGACCUUGGGACAUGAUGAGGGAAUUUGAUGACAAUAUCCCUUCACGAGCAUUUGACAAUUUUCAGUUUGUGAACUUCACGGAGAUUAUGUCAAAGAAUGUGGAUCCAGGGAGAAAGCAAGCAGAAUUUGCUCUAUCGGCUUUGAUGGAAAUUCCAUCUCAAUACAAAGCCACCAUAGAGCUUGGUCUAUUGGGUCGACAGCGGGGAACUGCUCCGAACAGGGUUCCUCUUCCUCCACCAAUUGCGGCUCCUAGCAAUGGAAGGCACACUAGCCGCUCGAGCAGUUUCCAGAAAACCCGCUCUCCUUAUUCUUCCUAUGACGCAGGAGUCAGCACACAAAGUCCGCCUCAUUAUUCUUCCUAUGAUGCAGGAGUCAGUUCACAACCUCUUCCAAGUUCUUAUGAUAAUAGGGUUUGCCCCAUUUGCUUGACAUACCCGAAAGACAUGGCCUUUGGUUGCGGGCAUCAGACAUGUUUUGAUUGUGGAGAAGUGCUCCAGCUAUGCCCCAUUUGCCGGAGCUCAAUUGAAACCAGAAUAAGGCUCUAUUAGUCAGCUUUUCUGCACAUCUCUGAGAGUUAUUUAUGCUCUCAAUAUACUCCCAUCAUGUGUGAGUUUUAUCGUGGCACAAAGAGGCUCUGAAGAUACAAAUAUGUUCUGAAAUUUUGAGACAGUUAACUCAAAACCGGACCGCUAUAGGAUGUACAGGAGUGCUCAAGUCGAGUGUGAUUGUUUGCGUAUGAGCUCGAUUCUUAGAAGUUUGUGUAAACUAUUACUAUGUGGCCAUAGAGAGAUUGGGAUUGUCGUGGAAGUUUAUCAUGGAUGAUGACUUUGCUCGUAACAGAUUGCAAGUCCGAUUAAAUUUCCUGGUCAGAGUUGAGGUUUUGUGAGUGUUGAAAUAUCCUCGAGCUUCCAUUUGUUUGUGCAAGUUAUUCUUGUUCUUAAGGUCUUCUGUUUCCGAUUUUUGUACAUGUGCAAUUAGGGCGCGUAACAUGAUUUUUGUGACUGUAAAAUGAUGUGUUUUUGUAAAUGAUGAUGCCAUAUAUUAUUGUAGGAAGCAAAACAAUGCCAUUUCUAAAACUAUUUCUUUAUUCACUUC